CGGGGACAGCGCGAGCCGCAGCCGGAGCAGGAGCGCCGAGACGCGCCUCCUCUCCGGAACGUAGAGUAACAAUCACAACCCCACAUUCCGGGCGAGCGCGAGCGGGAAGGGAUGCGACCGGGGUGGAGGCGCCGCGUGAGCGCCCUGCAGCCAACGUGAACGCCGCCACCGGCCGCGGUGGCCCGGGAUCCGGCCAGGCCAGGGGGCGGUGGGAGUCUGCGUGCGUGCGCUCCCGUCCUCGGCUCUCGUGCGUCCUGGAAGCGGUGUCCGCGGAGGCUCCCCUUACGGCGUGCGGACCCAGCCGCCGCCAGCGGAACGGCCGACGCAGCGGAGGGGACAAACGCCUCUCGGCUGCCACCACCUCCUCCUCCUCCUCCUCCUCCUCUUCCCCCCCGGCCCUCUGGGGAAGCAGAGCUUCAGCAAGAUUGGACCCGGGCACCGGGUGGCACAACCCUCUAACCCUCGCCCCGGGGUGCCAGGCGCGGAGAGGACGCGGAUCGUAGGGGGGGUGUUCCCUGGGGAGAGGAAGAGGCAAGCCCCCCUUCAAGCUUUCCACGCACCCGUCACUCCGGGGAGGGGGCCCAGAGGCAGCCGCGGCGGGCACCGGACACCCUAGCCCCCUCCCCCCAGGCGUGGAGCGUCCAGCCCCGCUCGGCCGCACCAGGAAGAAGGCGCCCGGAGCUCCUCUCCCAACCAGACAGCCGCAGUAGGAGGUGGGGGCAAGGAGCGAGCUGAAUCCGCCCGGGCGGGCGGUGGAACCCCCCGCGGAGAGACGCUGCGCCGGCGGUGGAGACUCGCACUCUUCCUCCAGCCCCCGGGGCCGAACUUUCUCGCCCCCCUCCCCCCUCCCCCGCAGCCGCCGGACUCCCUCCCCAGCCAGCCAGCCAGUCCUCCCGGAGGAGGAGAAGGCGUCGCGGAGACAGCCCGGGCGGGGGCCUACCUUCCCCAGGGCUGGCAUCAUGUCGGCGGCACAGGUGUCCUCGUCCCGGAGACAAUCUUGCUACCUGUGCGACCUGCCCCGCAUGCCCUGGGCCAUGAUCUGGGACUUCUCGGAACCCGUGUGCCGAGGUUGCGUCAAUUACGAAGGCGCUGAUCGCAUCGAGUUCGUGAUCGAGACCGCGCGCCAGCUGAAGCGGGCGCAUGGCUGCUUCCAGGACGGCCGCUCCCCGGGACCGCCGCCGCCCGUCGGGGUCAAGACCGUGGCCUUGUCGGCCAAGGAAGCGGCGGCGGCGGCGGCUGCAGCGGCGGCCGCCGCGCAGCAACAGCAGCAGCAGCAGCAGCAACAGCAGCAGCAGCAGCAGCAACAGCUCAACCACGUCGAUGGUUCCAGCAAGCCUGCGGUGCUGGCGGCCCCAUCCGGCCUGGAGCGCUAUGGCCUCAGUGCCGCCGCCGCCGCUGCAGCCGCAGCCGCCGCUGCCGUGGAACAACGCAGCCGUUUCGAGUACCCGCCACCCCCGGUGAGUCUGGGGAGCAGCAGCCACGCCGCCCGGCUGCCCAAUGGCCUGGGGGGCCCAAACGGCUUCCCCAAGCCAACACCGGAGGAGGGACCCCCGGAGCUAAACCGCCAGAGUCCCAACUCGUCUUCAGCGACGUCUGUGGCAUCUCGGCGUGGGACACACGGUGGGUUGGUGACUGGGUUGCCCAACCCUGGGGGUGGCGGGGGCCCUCAACUCACGGUGCCCCCCAACCUCCUGCCGCAGACGCUGCUGAACGGCCCGGCCAGCGCUGCGGUGCUGCCCCCGCCCCCGCCCCACGGGCUGGGGGGCAGCCGAGGACCCCCGACGCCCGCGCCUCCGGGGGCUCCCGGGGGCCCUGCGUGUCUCGGGGGCACCCCCGGCGUCUCGGCCGCGGCAUCCUCGGCCCCGUCUUCGACCUCGUCGUCGGUGGCGGAGGUGGGCGUGGGUGCUGGUGGUGGUGGCGGCAAGAGGCCCGGCUCGGUGUCCAGCACGGACCAGGAGCGGGAGCUGAAGGAGAAGCAGCGCAACGCCGAGGCCCUGGCGGAGCUGAGCGAGAGCCUGCGCAACCGCGCGGAGGAGUGGGCCAACAAGCCCAAGAUGGUCCGCGACACCCUGCUCACGCUGGCGGGCUGCACGCCCUACGAGGUGCGCUUCAAGAAGGACCACUCGCUGCUGGGCCGCGUCUUUGCCUUCGACGCGGUCUCCAAGCCCGGCAUGGACUACGAACUGAAGCUAUUCAUUGAGUACCCCACGGGUUCGGGCAACGUGUAUUCCAGCGCAUCCGGAGUGGCCAAGCAGAUGUACCAGGACUGCAUGAAGGACUUCGGCCGGGGUCUUUCCUCUGGCUUCAAAUACCUGGAAUAUGAGAAGAAGCAUGGCUCAGGGGACUGGCGCCUGCUCGGGGACCUACUACCUGAGGCUGUGCGCUUCUUCAAGGAGGGUGUGCCCGGUGCGGACAUGCUGCCCCAGCCCUACCUGGAUGCCAGCUGUCCCAUGCUGCCCACGGCGCUGGUGAGUCUCAGCCGCGCCCCCAGCGCACCUCCGGGCACCGGGGCCCUGCCGCCCGCGACACCCUCGGGCCGGGCCGCGGCCGCUAGCCUGCGCAAAAGGAAGGCAUCCCCGGAGCCGCCGGAUUCAGCCGAGGGCGCCCUGAAGCUGGGCGAGGAACAGCAGAGGCAGCAGUGGAUGGCCAACCAGAGCGAGGCGCUGAAGCUCACCAUGUCGGCCGGGGGCUUUGCGGCGCCGGGGCACGCGGCAGGGGGACCGCCUCCGCCUCCCCCACCUCUAGGACCCCAUUCCAACCGGACCACUCCGCCGGAGUCAGCCCCCCAGAACGGUCCGUCCCCCAUGGCCGCCCUCAUGUCGGUGGCAGACACUCUGGGCACUGCUCACUCGCCCAAGGACGGCAGUUCCGUGCACUCGACCACCGCGUCGACGCGACGCAACAGCAGCAGCCCAGUGUCGCCUGCCUCCGUGCCAGGGCAGCGUCGCUUGGCAUCACGCAAUGGGGACCUGAAUUUACAGGUGGCGCCCCCGCCGCCUAGCGCCCACCCGGGCAUGGACCAAGUGCACCCCCAAAACAUUCCGGAUUCCCCCAUGGCCAACAGCGGACCCCUCUGCUGUACCAUUUGCCACGAACGUUUGGAGGACACGCAUUUCGUUCAGUGCCCAUCUGUCCCUAGCCACAAAUUUUGCUUCCCCUGUUCUAGAGAGAGUAUCAAGGCCCAGGGGGCCACUGGUGAGGUGUAUUGUCCCAGCGGAGAGAAAUGCCCCCUAGUUGGGUCGAAUGUACCUUGGGCCUUCAUGCAGGGUGAAAUCGCGACUAUCUUAGCGGGGGAUGUUAAAGUGAAGAAGGAGAGAGACCCUUGAACCACAGGGCAUCCACAUCCUUUGCCCUAGACCAGCUCUUCUCCAAUCCAGAGGGCCCCCACCCCCACCCGCCUACACCGUCCUCCCCCCCCCCAAGAUGUAGAAUUGUGAAUAUAACAAACUGCAAAAAGUUAGUCUUAUGUAUAGACAUUAUUUUCGUCGUAUGUUUCUAUAUUUUGAAACAGGUAUGUAACUUCUUCAUUUGAAGGAUAAGCUGGUUUGUGUUAAGCAGUAUAUAAUAUUGGUUGGGUCAUUUGCAUCAUACUCGUUAGCAUUUAUUUGGUGGCAGAAUGUUUGCCUAGGUACAGAAUUAAUAGCCCCUUAGCAACGACUGCUGCUGGUGUGUAUUUUUGUAAAUGUUAAGCACUCUCUGAAAGGAGAAAAGAAAGACAUUUUGUUUUUGUUUUGCCAAGGCCAGUGUUGCUGCCUAAAAAAUAAAAAAAAAAAAUGAUGCUAUAAAAUGGUGAAAGCUUCUUUCUAAACAGCCCCAAGUGUUGAAGUCUUCACUUUAUUUUGUUCUGUUUUGUUUUCCUGUUUUGUUUGCAAAAUGGUAAGGGGGGUGUCGGGGGGAUAGGGUGUUUUUGUUGCAAGUUUGUGAGGGGAAAUGUUUUGAUUUGUUUCUACUGACCUGAAUGUGUUGGAUCUUCACGUGUUGUUUUGUUUUUGCUUUAUUGAUGCACGGAUGCUUUUGAACAGUAGAGCGAAAUGCUAGACAUGGAGAAUCUGCUCUGUUUGUCCUUUAUACAUUUCUGUAGUUAACAGAACACUGUAAUGUGCCUUGGAGCUUAGUAACUUGUAAUAAAUUCAAUUGAUAUUA